UGAUUUUUCACAAACAAUAGAAAAAUUGUUUUUUUUUAUUGUUUGGUUAAACGCACAAAUGAGUUCAGUCAAAAACAAAUAAACGUUGAAUCGUUAAAAAAUGCAACAUAAUACGCACAAAUAUUGCUGCAUUUAAUGAGAAACAAAAAAAAUACGCAUAAAAUAUUAAGAAAUAAAUAAAUAAAUAAAUAAAUAAUAAGUAAAUGAAAAAAUAUUGUAAGUGCACAACACACAAGAAUUUUAAAGUGAAACAUAAUUAAAAGAAAACGUCGCUGCUGCUGUCGCCGUCGCCGCCGUCGCUGCUACUGCAAUCUGUCACUGUUCCCCUUGCAACAUGACUCUGUACAUUGAGCUGUUCGGCCUAUUCAUGUUGCUGAUGUUGCCGUUCCUGUACGAGACAAGCCACAUAUUCCGCUAUUAUUUCAAAUUUUUGAUAUAUUAUGGCUUGGUGAGCCUCAAUUCGGUGAUUCUGCUCCCGGCGCUGCUGUGUCGACCGUGCAAUGUCAGGAAUUUGCUCUGGGCCAGCACAUUCUGCCAACGAAUCACAACAUUGAUUGGCUUACGAUGGGAACUACGCGGCGGAGAGCACCUUGAAAAGGAUCGACCUGCUAUUAUCGUUUCUAAUCAUCAAAGCUCAUUAGACGUUUUAGGCAUGUUUAACAUUUGGCACGUAAUGGAUAAAUGUACUGUAGUAGCUAAACGUGAACUCUUCUAUGCUUGGCCCUUCGGAUUAGCAGCUUGGUUGGCUGGCUUAAUUUUUAUUGACCGAGUUCGUGGAGAAAAAGCACGCGAAACUCUUAAUGCAGUUAACACUAAAAUUAAACAGCAGAGCAUUAAAAUAUGGGUAUUUCCAGAGGGCACACGACGAAAUACCGGUGAAGUGCAUCCAUUUAAAAAGGGUGCAUUCUAUAUGGCCAUCGAUGAGCAAAUACCAAUUAUACCAGUGGUCUUUAGUUCUUAUAUAUCAUUUCUAAAUGAUAAAAAGAAAAUUUUGAACUCGGGAAAUAUAAUUAUAACAUCUUUACCACCAGUCAGCACAGUAGGACUAACAAGAAAUGAUAUACCAGAGCUAAUGGAACUUGUACAUAAUCAAAUGUCAGAAACUUUUAAAAACACUUCGGCUGAAAUAUUGCAUCACUAUAAGACAACGAGGCAAUGCAAUACACCACUGGUAAGCACAAGCUUACACAAUACCGGUGGAAAAAGUCCUACCACCACAAAACAGCCGACAACACCGACAUUACUAGCAGUGACUCCACCACCAACACCAAAGGAAGAAUUCAGAAAUCCAAUUAAGCAAGACACAGCGGGCCGUACAAAUCUUAAUUUGAAGAACGUACAUUGAAUGUACUCGUUUAAAGUGAUAGAAAUUAAACUCUACACUCCCAAAAAAACGUGGCAACAUAUACCAAAUUGCAAAUACGUGUAUACUCUAAAACAUAUGUGUAUAUUUUAAACAUUUUCAAGCAUAUUCUUCGGGAUGUUUCUUUAUAACAUAAGGACUAUAUUAUGUAUAAAUAUAAAUUUAUUUUUAACUAACCUAAACAUAUGACAUAUACCAAUAAUUGGUUUUUUUAUGAACUUAAUUUACACACAUGGGGUUUCCUAACUAAGACUUUUAAAAUUUUUAAAGAUAUUCUUGUGCAUAAGUAACGUAAGAACCUAAUUGAAAAAAGGCGUCCAAUAUUAAUCGAGAUAUUAGCUGACAAGAAAAAAAUUCCUUCCGUGUGUAUAUAGUAUGUUCCCCAACAAAAUACAAGAGAUCAUUCCCUGGACCAAGGAACAGAAAACAUUGUGUAGAUACAGAUGCCAAUUUUCAAUAUUAAACGAGAUGCAAGAUAGCAAGGAAAGGCCUAUCGGUCUAUAUAUCGGACAUUGGCACAUCAGUUUGUAAAUUCGUUUAGUUAGGAAAUGCCCUGUAUAUGUAUGAUAUUAUGAGUUUAAAAAACAUAAAAGUAUUUUAAAUCAGAUAAUAAUAUCCGGUAAAUACUUACAGUUUUACAUUUGCGUCUUCACAGUAAUUGCAAUAUUAUUAAAAUAGAAUAAUAGUUUAAUUCUAUUCUAUUUAAUUAUUAAACAGACACUAAAUCCGUAAGAAAUUAUCAAUGUAUUUUUUAAUUUAUAUCGGCGUGUGAGAGUAACGAUUAACUUGACCUAAAAUAUUUCAUUUUUUAAUUCGAUAUCGAAAACCAGAUAAUAUA